AUGGAGGAAGGCGAGAAAUGCCUAGAUUUAUCAGGGAAGCGAUUUUCUGGCGGACAACUUCUUAAAGAGCUUAAGGAGUAUCUACACGCUGAUGUCACCCGCCUUGACCUCACAACAAACCAAGUAACACCCGAAGUUGCUCAAUUUUUGGCAAAUUUCUUGACAGCUCCUGGUUGCUGCUUAGUUUCUCUCUCCUUAGUCGACACUAGAAUGACUAUUGAAGCGUGCUCUGCUAUUUUUAAAGUAAUUGGAGCAAGUCCUUUAAUUGAAUUAUAUGCAGAUGAUAACGUCAUCAAACCAGAAUCACUUAUGCUACUAGCAAAUUCUUUUAAGUUUUCGUCUCCACUUGAGAUACUUAGCUUAGUUGGCUGCGAUAUCUCAUCAGAAGGUUUCGAAUACGUAGUUAAAUGCUUAAGUGAAACAAAAAACUUACAUCAUUUACGCAUGGAGUCAAAUUCAAUAUAUGAAAAUGGCGUGAGAUUACUUGGAGAAGCUUUGGAUGCUUCUUCACUAACUUCAAUCGAAAUUGCAGAUAAUAUGAUAUGGAUGGGCGGAAUGACUAGCUUCCUUGAAAAGGCAAUGACAUAUCCUAGCUUGACUGCUUUGGAUAUCUCAUAUAAUGCAGUAGAUUUGACGUUUCUUUCGAAAGUUCUUGUAUCUAACACAAGCAUCACGCAUCUUGCAAUUUCAGGAUGCAAAGUCAACGAACAGUCAGUUUUACCAUUUAUUGAGAGCCUAAGUCGUACACAUCUAAAAACUUUAAUCAUGGACGGUUUUAAUUACCAAGUUUUACCGAUUUCAUGGCCACAAGUCAAUGAUACGAUAUUCUUUAAGCAUCUUAACUUCGAAGCAUUCACUACAGCCUUAAUUAGCAGCGAUUAUCUCGAAGAUGUAAGAAUAGGCUAUUUAGAACUCGAACAGAUACAUGCUCUCGAACAGAGUCUUUCUGGAGAGAAUAUAAGCAAAAGUAUUAAGAUUUCUGUGCAUGAUUUCGGCCGAACUCACGAUUGUUGGGUUCUUAACUUCCCAGCCUUUUCUGUUGACUCUCCUGUUGAUCUUAUCAAAUGGUGCGGCAAAUUAGAUGACACAAAUGCCACAUAUUUCGGAAGAAUUGCAGUUUGCGCGCUUUACAGGGAUGACCGCCUUUCCAAGAUAAAUCUUUCAUCCAAGAACAUCUCCGACAGCAUCUUUAUCAGAGUCAUGAAAGAAUUAGACGGAAGAAACCUUACAUCUCUCGAUGCAUCAGAUAAUGCUUUAGGAAAUGAAAGUGUUGACUCCAUAAUCUCCUUCCUCCAUAACCAGAGAAUAAACGAACUGAAUCUCGCCAAAAAUCACAUAAACGAACACGGAACAGGAAGAUUAUUCAAAUUCUUCAACGAAAACCCAGACAGAUGCCCCAGAGUUCUAGAAUACCAUUACCACAUACAGAACGAUAACAACGAGCUCAACGAUCACCAGUUCUACAACGACCUCGCAAAUUUCUUAAAACAAAAUAUGUCACUUCAGACCCUCAAAAUUUCAGGUACGAUCACGCCGAUAGAUGUUCUCAAAAUUGUGAACUCUCUGAAAGAUAACAACACGCUACAGAUACUUGAAAUCGACUCAGAAUUCAUACAUACAUACAUGAAUCCAGAUCCGCAACCAGAAAGAAAAUUUAUCGACGAAUAUGUCAAACUUGUCAAAGCUCUGAAGGCAGUUCUUUACGAUGGAAACUGCGUAUUGCAGAACUUUAAGUUUGACCUGCUUACUGAAGUUUUCAUCUACUGCGAUCAGGAAAUUGUCGAAUGCUGGGAUAGCUGUUUGGCAAAACUGAAGAAAAAUAAGAAUGGGCGCAAGUAA